AUGAUCAACGUAACGAAGCAGUGGUUUCGUCGUCACCGGAAUGGCAUCGCCAUUGGGGCUGGAGUCGUCGGAGUCGGCUACCUGGCUGGCCAGUACGUGCUAGGGAAGAUAUCAGACGCCAGAGAGCGCAUGAGCAGCGAGCGAGUUGCGCGGGAGAAUCUACGGCGACGAUUCGAACAGAACCAGACAGACUGCACCUUCACCGUGCUUGCGCUGCUCCCAACGGCCACGGAAAAUAUACUUGCGGCUCUCCCGGUCGAGGAGCUGACGAACGAGCUGCAGCAGAAGCGAGCAGAGAGACUGGCCAAGCAGCUGAGCGCCGGAGAGGUUGCCGGGUCAGAGAUAAGCUCGGAGCCUCCCAGCGCGAUAGACGAUGACGGGAGGAGUCUCUCGAGUCUCAGGAGUCAUGGAUACGUGCACACCAGCCAGAUGGGAGACUCUGCUGCUGGCGAUGCUCCCCGGAAGAAGAGCAGGACGCAGCUUUGGAACGAGCUGAAAGUUAACUCUCUAACGAGGUCUUUCACCUUACUAUAUACCCUCUCCCUAUUGACACUACUCACCCGCAUCCAACUCAACCUCCUCGGAAGACGAAACUACCUUUCCAGCGUAAUAUCACUCGCCUCUCCACAGGCAAACCCGGCCAUAAUAAGCCUGGAGGAGAAUGACGGCGACAAUGCGUUUGGCAACGACUUCGAGACGAACCGUCGAUACCUGACCUUCAGCUGGUGGCUUCUACAUCGUGGAUGGAAAUAUCUGAUGGAGAAAGUGGAGGAAGCCGUCGUCGAAGUCUUUGGACCACUCAACCCGCGCGAAGAUAUAACGCAGGAGAGGCUUUCGGAAUUGACCCUCGAGGUGCGCAAGAAAGUCGAGGGCGCCACAACCGAGGAAAGACGGGUAAGGAAAUGGCUUCCAUACCUACUACCAGUGCCCGAACAGGAAGACUACGUCCUUCGCGAAUCGGGAGUCCUAUCCUCAGACGAAGCCUCUCCCCAAACAGCCUCUAACCUCCGACACCUGCUCGACGAAACCUCCGACCUCGUAGACUCUCCGCAAUUCACCCACAUCCUCUCCCUCCUCAACAACGAGGCAUUCUCAUACCUGAUCGACCACAAAUGCGCAAUCGACGCCUUCAAGAAACCACCAACCGUACCCGCAACCCAAGCACCAGACACCAGUGCCGCAAACAUGUUCUCAUCCUCUGCCACCGUCAUCCCAUCCUCCGAAUCACAGGCACCCAACCCCAAGGUAAAGCUGGCGACUAUACUAGCAGUCGUCUCUCGCCAGGCACAUACCAUCGGCCAGGGCACCAAUCCACCAAACGAGUACCUCUCCGCAAUGGAAGAAGGGGUACGGGAGCUCGAAGCGUUCGCUGCCGUCGUUUAUAGCAGCAACUUUGGACUCGAGGCGCCAUCACUAGGUGACUCGGUAGAAGGCUCUUUCGUGGUGGUUUCUCCAACUACUGCUGAAAAGGCGUCUCCAAGGGUAGAUACACCAAGGGAUAUUAUAACGCCCGUCGAAGUUGGUGUAACUGAAGCCAAAGAUGAAAUCAACUUUGAGUCUGCAUGGGGUAAAGCGACGGACAGCUCAUAG